AUGGAAGGACAAAUAAAUAAAAACUAUCUCAAUUUCAUAUAAAAUAAGUCGAUAAUCGCCUAAGAAAUAUGCUUAUACUUGAAAAAGUCCUUUGGGAUUUAACCUACUAUAGAUUAAAAAUUUAUUUUUUUACUUAGUAUAGAUCAUGGGGAACUAAAUAACUCUAAGGUAAAAGAAUAAAGAAGAUGA